AUGUACCUCCAUCAGUAUGACUAUAUCUUUGCCAUUGGCACCUUCUUUGCCAUGCUCGAUGCCUUCAACAACGGCGCAAACGAUGUGGCCAAUUCUUGGGCGACCAGUGUGUCGUCGAGAUCCAUCUCGUACAGGCAAGCAAUGGUCCUGGGUACCAUCUUUGAAUUCCUCGGCGCGGUCACGGUCGGCUCCCGAACGGCAGCCACGAUCAAAGACGGGAUCAUUCCUAUCGAAGCUUUCAAGGACAAUGCUGGUGUACAGAUGCUGGCCUUCACGUGUGCCUUGGCUGGUGCAUCGUCUUGGGUGAUGUGGUGCAGUAGGCACUCGGUUCACGUCUCAUCGAGCUACUCACUCAUCUCGGCCGUUGCUGGUGUCGGUGUCGCAACCGCUGGUGCCGCGCAGGUUCAGUGGGGCUGGCAUGAGGGCAAAGGUCUGGGUGCUAUCUUUGCAGGUCUGGGGAUGGCCCCGGUCAUCUCCGCCGGCUUUGCGGCCAUCAUCUUUACGCUCAUCAAGGUCGUUGUGCACAUUCGCAAGAACCCGGUCCCGUGGGCCGUUUACAGUUCUCCUCUCUGGUUUCUCGUCGCCGCCAGCGUUUGCACUCUCUCUGUUGUCUACAAGGGCUCUCCCCAGCUCAAUCUCAAGGAGAAACCCGCCUGGUAUAUUGCCGCAGUGACCGUGAGCUGUGGUGGUGGCGUUGCCAUCUUGUCCGCCAUUUUCUUCGUUCCUUUUGUCCACGCGCGAGUGGUCAAGAAGGAUCACUCUGUCAAGGGGUGGAUGUUCAUCAUGGGUCCCUUGCUCCUGAGCCGGCCUGCCACUGGCGGCGCUGAGACGGCCAAUAUCCCGAACUACGCUGUUAUGCAAGACGGGGAGGACGAUGAAAUUUCAAAUAUCUCGAAGGAAUCCAUUCAUAAGGACGCCUUGAGCUCCGCUCCGUCCGAGGACAAGGAGAAAGGACCUGUCGUGUUGGAGGAGCCCCAGCUCACUUACAAGGAACUCAUGGCUCAGUCGGAGGCAAAGCACCAUGCGAAGCUCAUGAAGGGUCGUGGUCCUCUGGCUUGGGCGAUGCGCUUCCUCCGCGACAACCCCGUGGGCGCCGGUGAGAUCUACGAACUGCACAACAUUUUGGCCUUCGUCAAGCGCAUCCCUGCUAUUGCCGUCGUCGGUCUCCUCUAUGGUGCCCACUAUGACAUCCACACUGCUCAGAGUGGUAUCUCUGGCACUCCAGAAGGCAAGCGGAUGAGGCGUGUGUAUGCCCAUGCCAAAAAGUAUCCCAACGAAGUCGAGCACACCUACUCGUUCAUCCAGAUUCUUACCGCUUGCACUGCCUCCUUUGCCCACGGUGCCAACGACAUUGGCAACUCGGUCGGUCCCUGGGCCGUGAUCUACGCUGCCUGGUCGACCGGUAAUCCUGCUGCUGCCGAGGCUACUGUCCCGGUUUGGCAGCUCGCUGUCUUGGCUUUGUGCAUUUCCAUCGGUCUGAUCACUUAUGGUUACAAUAUUAUGAAAGUCAUGGGCAACAAGAUCACCUAUCACUCGCCUAGCCGUGGAUCCAGUAUGGAAUUGGGUGCCGCCAUCACUGUGCUUAUCUUCUCACAGUACGCCCUGCCUGUUUCUACCUCAAUGUGUAUCACCGGUGCCACCGUCGGCGUUGGUCUUUGCAACGGUACCUACAAGGCCGUCAACUUCCAGCGCGUUGGUCUUCUGCUUCUGGGCUGGAUAUUGACUAUCCCCAUCGCCGGCACUGUUGCAGGUUGUCUUGCAGGACUGUUCCUCAACGCCCCCCACUUCGCUUAG